UCAAUUCAAUUUUCCUGCUGUGCAAAAAACAAAUCAGUGAUCCGCUGUUGGCUGUGGCUGCUCUUCAACAUCUGCACUCAGAAACUAACAAAUAUCAAUCAAAACGUUUAAUAAUUGAUUGCGUGAGUGGUAACCGCAUGAGUGUAGUGCGUAACUGCUAUAUAAAAGUAUGAUUGACACUCAGUCAAAGUCUAGGAGCAUUCAAAUUGGACACAGGGUGCAGGUGCAGGACCAAAUCGGCACGGUUAAGUAUAUUGGUGAGCUCGAUGGCCACAAAGGCACAUGGCUUGGCUUGGAUUGGGACGACCCCAGUCGAGGCAAGCACGAUGGCAGUGUCAAAGGCAUUCAGUAUUUCACAGCCAGCACAUCAACUUCUGGAUCAUUUGUUCGUCUAGAGAAAGUUUCAGUGGGCAUAAACCUUAUUGAUUCCAUCACAUCAAGAUAUGGUCAUCAGGAGGAUGAAGAAGAGAUGAAAUACAAUCAGGUUGCUUUCAUGGCACUGGAACAUCAAUGCAACAUGCCUUUUUUAGAGCUUGUUGGUUUUGAUGGCAUCAGUACCAAACAGAGCAACUACCCAGAACUGAAAGUGCUGACAGUCAGAAUGAUGAAUGUGGCUCAUCUGGGGGAUACACAUCAGUUCAGUUUGAUGUGUCCAAAUGUGGAAGAAUUUGAUCUGUCAAAGAAUAUGAUUCAUUCAUGGGAGGAGGUGUUUGUUCUUGCUUCAGAGUUGAAACAUUUGCACAACUUAAACAUAUGUGAAAAUAGAUUAGUCAUGCCUGCUGAUAUCUCCUCCUACAAAGUACCACAUUUGAAAACAUUGAUUUGUGGAACAAUGACACUUUCAAUGGCGGAAAUUGAAAGCCUAGCACUUGUUUUCCCCAAUUUACAAACACUUAUUGCUCCGUAUAAUCAAAUUCGGAGUUUGGAAUCAACCCUUCCGUUAGAAACACUCUUUCAUCGUUUGGAAGCCCUUGAUCUUGAGGGUAAUAAGAUCUCCGAUUGGUCUGAGAUCAUGAAACUGAAACACUUACCUAAUUUGAAAAAUCUGAACCUCAUCAAUCUUCAACUUACAAAAAUUCGGAUAGAAGAAGAUAAUGUUUUCAAAAGUUUAAACACUUUAAACUUGAAAAACAAUCAAAUUGCCGACUUGGAAUCUUUAAGCAAUUUGAACAAGUUGAGUUUAACAGCGCUAGGUAUUUCACGAAAUCCCAUCUAUAAUCUGGACACACACCAGAUGGUGAAUCAAAUAAUCGUCGCGAUGAUCAGUUCACUGCAAGUUCUCAACGGCGGAACUAUUCUGGACGAGCGUAAAGGUGCAGAAAUUGAUUACAUGAAGAAAUACGGCCUGGAAUGGUUGCAGGUUCAAAAGGAUGAAGAAGCGAAAACAAAAUUCCUUCAAACACACACCAGAUAUCAGGAAUUCAUUGAGAAAAUGGGCGAAUUAGAAGAGAGUGAACUGAAGCACGAAGCUAAAACCAUCAAGGAGUCCCUCAUCGAGUUGAACCUGGUGUAUGAAGGUAAGGAAAUCCGUAAAAAGGUCCCACCAAGCCUACAGGUGCAAAAAUUGGUGACACUUUGUCAACGAUUGUUUCGAUUAUCGACUGCGCCUGCUUUGGUCUAUAUUAGUAUUGAACAACCUAAUAUCGAGUACGAUUUGGAUGAGAAUCGCGAGAUCAGCCUGUACUCAGUACAAACCGGUGAUAAAAUUGUUGUAAAAUGUUAACUAUUAACUGUAUUUGUGAUAGGUGUGAUAGGCGUUUAAAUAUUUUUGCACGUUUUGCUUAAAUGAAAUCAUUUUUUAAACAAGUAAUCGUUUAUUUGUAUUUAAUAACUGCUGAAAUGCUUCAAGCGGAAGAGAGUGACAGUGGAUCUCGUGUUGCCAAUCGCAAGAUACCCGCUCAUCGGCGAAUAAUUGACAACAUUAACGUUGCCCAGCUUUGUUUGGAAAUUCGGGAAGUUACUAAACACGGUUUGUGAUCGUAAAUGGAACAAGCGCAUUGCAUUUUCGACUUCGGACGAGAAAAACGCCAAGCAUUCCGAUGUGGAGUUGAAUUUGACAUCACGGAUGGGAGUCGUUAAGUUCAUGAUACUCUUCCGGGGCGUAGGCGUCUUCUGUUUUAAGGUAAGAUCUGUGUCGUAUACGUUGACCACACCCUGGGAAGAUCCGGUAGCGAGGAAUUGAUUUGAUGGAGAGAGGUGCAGACUAGUUCCCUGGAGACACCCCUCAUCCUCAAACUUGUGCAUCAUCCUUCUGGUAUUAACAUCCCAAACAGUAACAACUCCAGUAUCGCUGUGUCCGUAUAAAAGUGACCCGUCGUGAUUGUAACAUAGCGCUGUGCAGUCGUCAUCUUGUUUAAACAUAAACAAAUUCUCUUUUGUUAACGCUGACAAUACAUGCACCUCUCCCCAUUUGCCGGCGACUGUUAUCCACUUGCCAUCUGGAGACAUGAUAAACUUUUUCAUUUGAGUUAAACCAGUUGGCAGAGGGAUUUUGAUUGCUUUGGCUGCCAUUAAAUCAUAGCAGAACAUGUGAGAUUGCCUGGAACCCAGGAAUGCUUCAUUGCCAUCUCUGCUAAACUUGGCACAUAAUAUCGGGAAGUUUUUAAACUGUAGUGAAUGCAGUUUGUUAUUCCUCUUGCCAUCAACUGCAUAGAUGGUUGCUACUCCUGACUGGCCUGCAACUAGACUCACACUUGAUGUGGGAUGGAAUUCAAUGGAGUUAAUCAUAGGGCCUUCUGAAUAUGCCUCCUGGUUCAAGUUGUUUACCUUUUUCACUUCAAUUGUACCAGAUUUGAGUGUGGUAGAAGUUGAUUUGCUUGAUUUAACAACUCCAGCUGUUUUUAAGACUUCUUCAUCAGAAUCUUCAUCUUCUUGAUGUUUGGCAUUUAGAUCUGCCCAUUUGGGAGUGCCCACAAUGGAUGUGAACUUUUGUUUUAGUAGCUCUGUGUACUGGUUACUUCUGGCGUUGAUGCCACCAUUGGGAAGUCUUCUGCCUUGUGCUUCCAAGGCAUUACCAACAUCAAUUCCAUCAUCAUCUUCAUCAACCCAGGCUGGUUUGCGGCAUUUGUCGCUGUCGUCACUGUCUGUCUCGCCUACACCGGAGUCUAUUGCAGUUGUUGUGGUCUUUGUUUCUUUCGCAGCUUCCUGUAGGCUUUCCAGGAAGGUAGAUGUGCCGCCAAAAAGAAUCUCGCUUAGUUUCGCUUCUUCUGCUUGCAUUGCUGCAUCGUAUGCGCGGAAUUUGUUUUUGGGGGCCAUAAUUUCGACGUCUUCCGCUGGAGCUGGCUCGGUUUUUCGCUUUCUUGUAAUUUUCGACAUUUUAAUAUUGAAUUAUGUGGAUUACAGAUCGUAUAUAUCUCUAAUCUGAUGAAAACUCGAAGCACGUUUUGUUUUCCUUUUGAACAACCUAACCUGGGAAUACUAGAUCAUAUAAAUGAUAUAAUUUACACAGGCUACAGUUUGUUUUAUGUAUUUAUUUCAAAGUGACUUACACACAUGUAAAUGAGUCAAAUUUAGGAUAGAAAUUGAAUCAACGUGAUGGAAAACCUAAAUACAUAAACAUGGAGAUAUAUAAAUUCCAUCCAACAUUCCAUGACAUUUAUAUGAUCUCCUUUCUCUUUACCACCUAUGCUACCACCCCACUCUUUGUAGCUACAUUCUUGUUUAUAACAAUAGUUUGUUGUGGAUUAUGCAUUAAAAGGAGGUGUUUACGAUCGAGAUUAAAUAAUUCAGGCGCAAUGAGUAAUUCAGAGAGUGAAGACGAUCCUCGCAACACCUCCGACGAGGAAUGGACGGCAAGACCAAAAAAGAAAAACACACAGCUACGCAAGUCAGUGCGGCUGAUCAAGAAGGCGAAAACAUACACCAGUUCUGAGGAUGAUUGCUCUCUGGUGCAAGGAGCAAAGGUGCACAGAAAUGGCCUGAAGAAAAGGAAGCCAACAAGCAAGAGGGCUUUUAAUGGCACUCUUACACAAAGCAUAUUUCUGGAGACCACAAGGACUCCAGUGCAAGCACCUACAACAUUUACAUCUGGGGCAUUUGUAGUGGCAAAACACGACGCGCAGAGUUAUGACUCAGGCAGUCCACCUCACAUUUGGCGUAUAGAUGGAAAAGCGCUCCUGCAAAAGUUUGAACCAGUGGCAGCCGAUACGCAUUUACGCUACAAAAAUACAUCGGUGUACACUGGUUGGUCAGAGAUCGAAACUGACAAUUAUGCGGUGUUAAAGAACAUCAGCUUCAUUUACAACACGCCGCAACGCGUUGAAAUCACCGUUGCCGUCGACGAGUUUAAAAACAUUCUGAUGGGGAGCGAAUGAUGUGCGCACAUCUCAUCAAAACUUUAAGGGCAGUGCAAAACUUGCAAAUGAAUUUUUCUCUUCACAAAUUUAUUGUGUUGGUUGGCCAAAGUUUUGACUUGCACAAAAAAUUAGUCAUUCACAGAGAUUAUUUUUCAGAAAAAUAAUAAUUUUACGAAUUAAGUUUUAAAUUUUGUAACUUUAAGUAGAAGUGAGCGAGAUCUGCAAAUGAUGAACGAUUUAAUCUAUAAAUGAAGAAUUAAAUUUUAUUCGUGUAGUACAUGUGAACGUUCGGUAAAUACAAAAUAUUAUUUAUUUACGUGGUACAAAUGGAAACUAAUAAAGAUGUCAUUUAAAAAUUGUGAA